AGCCACGCACCGAACCCCGCCUCAUGGACGCGACGUAUUCGGGCUGGUUCCGGUUCCGUCGUGGGCAGUUUGAAGGUGAUGGCGGGCUUGUUGUAUCCGCUGUCAGGUGGGGCGGUUGCGCUGGAUUCGUCUCUGCCUCUGCUCGAGUCGACCAUCCCUCGGGAGGCGCUGCCGAUGGAGCGACCGCGGGCUAACGGGAAAGGGGAGGAAGAGGAAAACGACGAGAACCUGCCCAUGGUGUUCCUGUGCGGCGGCUGCAAGCGGCCUGUGGGAGAUACGCUGAGUUGGGUGGCCAACGAUGAGGACGCGACGUGUAUUCUGCUGCGCAGUGCCUCCAGCAACAUCUCAGUGGACAAGGAGCAGAAGCUGUCCAAAAGGCCUGGAGAGUGUGGAUGCAUGGUUGAAACGUUUUCCUGCUCUGGCUGCUCGAGGGCACUUGGCAGCAUCUACAGAUGCACCCCAAAGCAUCUCGACUACAAGAGGGAUUUGUUUUGUUUCAACGUUGGCUCAAUUGAAAGUUACAUUCUAGGAUCCUCAGAAAAGCAGGCUGUUACUGAUGAGGAACCUUUAACUCUCGAAAGUCGAGUUGCCUUGGAAGAAGCACUAAAAAGGGCAAACACCAUACUAAAUGCUCUGGAGGCAAGGCUGGCUACUGUUGAAUCAAGAAUCGAUUCUCUUCACAGUAAUGCUUGAAAGAAAAUCCUGCGUGUAAAAUAACUGCUGGAGAUUGAUGUGUGUGAAACUGGGAUCUGUGGGAAUAUUUUAAAAGCUGCUCGAAGAUCUGAAAGAUGUGGGCAGUAGGACAAUGCCAGCUACUGAGUCUUUGUCACAGAUGAGGAGUUCCCCUUUUGUCUUGAGAGAAUACCCUGGGAAGAAAAAGACUUCUAAAAAACAUUUCAGUCAAUUUGUUGUUUAUAUAGAAAUAUUUAUUUUUUUUUACCUUGGAAAGCAAAGGUCUUAUCUCCUGGUUGUCCUGUAUUUUAAUAUCUGCUGAACUGAAGGCUUCAAAUGCAUCAGCUACUAUGGCUUCCUGUGCAGUACUGAGAGUCACGCGUGUAACAGCCUCAAAGAGGAGAAGAAACAAGGCUACUAGCAGCACACCUUUUAAUCAAAGUUAGGUGCAUAUUUGAACAAAGAAUUCAGUGCUGCUUAAGAAACUUCUGUCAAUAUUUCAUUGUUAACAUGUAGAUCUUACUGUUAUGGUUUUCUGUAUGUAUGUCUUCCUAGCAUUGUGUUGUUUUUUUUUUAAUCCCCAAUAAAUCAAAGUAAGUGGUAAUCGUGUAA